AUGUCUAUUUUCUCCAGUGCUUGUGCCUUCAGUGCAAACCAAAAUUUCUGUAAUAAAAUCUUCCUUAGCAAAUUCAACCGCUCAAUUGAUAUCAGUGAUACCAGUUUUAUGCAAGAAUAUUUUCAGCAAAGGAAGAUAACACGCGGAUGUCAUAUCGACUUGUAUCUGUUAUCAGUUAUUUGGGAAAAGAAACAAACAGUGGCCACUAUGUAUGUGAUGCUUGGUGUAAUGCAUCAAAAUGUUGGUUAUUCUGUAAUGAAGACGAAAUCGAACCUGUUAGUAAAGAUAAAAUACUCAACAGAGACGGCACUGGAUAUACCUAUUUCUACCUUAAUCGAGAAUUGUUCGAAAGACAAUAAUCACAGGAGGAAAUUAUCAAACGGUUAUUGUGACCUACAUCUUUUCUUUCUUUUUUUUCCGGAUGUCAUGAAAACUCAAAUUUGCUAUUAA